AUGAUUUUCAAAUUUCAAGGAGAACCCAAGCUCACCACUUUGAACUCCUCCAUGGACAACCAACCAUCCAAGGCCGCCCCUGAGAAGAUUGGCAACUAUUGGGUCGCGAGGAGCAAACAUACUAAGAGACUACUCCCCGAAACCUUUGAGCCAACCCAAUACAGUGUCAUUUGUGGCCGCACCAAAUUCUGCUUUGACUCCGUUGGAAACCGAAGGUUCAAAGUGACAGCGAAGAUGUUCCUCCAGGAAUACUCUGAGGCCAAGACUAAGGCCGAGAAGUCCAAGAUUGUGACGCGAGUCUUCAACCUCGUCAAGGAGUCCAGCCCCGAGGGAGCGUUUGUAACUUUUGAGAAUGGUCGAUGGUAUGAAUGCUCCGAGCGCAUCUCUCGUGAAAAGAUUGGAGCUCUCUUCCGUGACAUGCUCCCCCAAACAUACCAAUCCAGUGCGAAGGCCAAACAGGCCAGAAAGGACUCUCUUGGCAGCAACAGCAGCAGAAGUGGAAGCCCCGAGAGUAUCCCAAUGCCUUCCCUCAAUAGCACCAUCAACAACAUCAUCACUCAAAGCAACCGACACAGCAACACCAUCAACACCACCAGCAACGGCACCAGCUUGGUGGCAGCUUAUCAGAAUGUACAACCACAGCACCUAGCUCUUGCAUCUCUUGCUUCAGCAGAUCCAUUGCCUUCCGACAACACGCUUCCGGUCCCCGCCUUUGCCAGUGGUCCAAUGUCAUUCCCAAGCUUCUUCGACGUUGACGCAUCCAACUUUGUGCCCUUGGAACGAGCCGAGACCCAAUGUCCAGGUGUGACCAACAUGAUGAACAUGGGCAUGGGUAGCUCCAAUGUCAACAUGGGUAGCUCCAAUGUCAACAUGGGUAACAUCAACAUGGGAAACAUCAAUAUUGGCAACAUGGGGUACCCCAACAUUGGCAACAUCAACAGCAGCAACCAGUGGUUCUUCCAACCGGAUCAGAACGGCAACUUCAAGAAUGACAACAACAGCAACAGCAACAACAACGGUUCCGUCUAA